AUGUGGCCAAUACUUCUAACGUCACUUGUGACGCUGUUUUUGGUGUCUUCUACCGCCAAAGACAUUCACCGAUCGCAGAAGGCAAUCUUCUAUCCACGUACUGAUGGAUUAAGCACUAUAGCACGCGGAGUAGAACCGUCAGAGACGGUUUACAAAGGAAGAGCGACAAUCCCUGCGACACCCGUGGUCAGUCGGAUCGCAACAAGGAAGACACCUACACGAUCAACAACAGGGCACCCUACGGCAGAAACACGCGCAUCUAGCGCUGAAGAAAAUGCAGCAUACGGCUAUUUGAAUGGAGAACGUGCAAAUGGCGAAGCAUUGGCCUCAGACGCAAAGCUCCUUAAAUGCCGUUCCGACACUUUACAGGAGCUUGCUAUGAGUCCAGUGAUGGGCAGCAAGCGGUCAGAUACAUCAUCACAUGGAUUGUAUGACACUAAUGGCACCAUAGAUUUCAAGCAAACUGCAACAAAUGGCAUAAAUGCUCCAUUCGCCGUAUUCGACUCAAGGUGGACGGGUUGGAAAGGAAAGGCUGAGCUUGCUAUUCCGCGAGUUAACACGGCUGUUGUACGACGAAUAGGUAAUGUGCAGCCGUAUUGCGCCAUAGUUCCAAAACCAAAUGCCUUUAGCGUCCUUGGUAAUCUCCUGGCGUCGCUGAGGCUGCUCAUGCUCGACCAGAAGCCGCCGCACAGCGAGCGCCCGAUGGCACUCAUGCUAAUGGCUGGCGCGUCGACAUUGCCGCUAAUAGUCACCCAGUUGGGGUCUAUGCCGUGCAUUAUGGAUUAUUUGCGCAAGCGAUGGGCUUUCCAGGGAGAAUGUGGAGACUUAUCUGUGGAAUACGUCCUGCAGUACAUGAUGCACAUCCUCGCCGCGGAGUCAGCGGUGAAGUUAGCGCUGCGCGCGUGGUUCUACGGACGCAAUAUGCAGUGGAAUAACAUGAUGCCAGCCUUCGCCAGUAAGAUGUUCUGGAGGUUAUCGCAAUCGCUAUCGUUUGUGCCCCGCACCGUCAGCAUGCUCGGUUCGAGCAUCCUGGGAGGCUACUGGAACUUGGAUGUGGCACAGAGCGUGAUUCACGUGCUUGUGCAUGCAACUGUCCUCGCAAGGGUGGCCGUGUUCACUGCUGCUCAGCACGCCUUCUUCAGAGAUAACUACCACACCGCAUCCUUCAUUAUUAGCCCCUACGCAUCGCAGAUUGCUUCGGUGGUUACAGGUGUGUUGUGUGCUCUAUCAAGCGCGGCAAACGUAGUCACAUUGAUGUUGUUCAAGAACUUGGCGAACGCGGUAGACGUGGAGCAUUUGCUGGACUCAGCCGGGUUCCGCGCAACGGAGAGCCAGGCAGCGGCAACGGGAUAUGCGAGAAACGCUUUGCACAACAUCCCCAAGUUGUUCAAGUCGGCGCAGCUGGAUCUUUUGGUCCAGCUCACAUACUAUCACGAGUACCUCGUGCGGUUGUUCCCACGUGGCAUUGAGUGGCCGGUGCUACUGCUACACAUGACCCUCGCGCUGAACGCGAACUCCGCUGCCGGUCUCUACCUCGCGCUGGUUAACUUUGUCUACUCCGUCGUUAACCAACGGCUAAGCAAUUACGAGCGGUCGAUGCUAACGCAAGACAUAGACGCCAUCGUGCAAGAGUCACGAUAA